GAGCUCCCUGCCCGAAGGAUGUCCUCCAGCCAGCAGCUCAGCUCCCGCUGCUCCCCACCCUGCGAGGUGGCCUGCCCGCAGCCCUUUGCCGACGCCUGGAGCGAGCCCUGCGUCACCUCCUGCGGGGACUCCCGUGCCAUGGUGUACCCCCCACCCGUGGUCAUCACCUUCCCAGGGCCCAUCCUCAGCUCCUGCCCUCAGGAGAGCUACGUGGGCAGCUCGGCCCCCGUGGGGCUGUGCCGCCCCAGGGGCCUGCAGGGCUCCCUUGUCUACGGGGGCUCCUUGUCCUCCUCCAGCCAGUUCUGGAGCAAGCGCUAUGGGGGCUGCGGGCCGUGUUAAGCACGUCAGAAGGUGUGGAUGGCAAGAGAAACAGCGGGGGAACUGACGGCAAGACCUGGAUGUGCAGCUGAGCUGUGAAGAUCUCCAAAGCCUUGGGCACCUGCAACUCCCACCUUAUCCAUUGGGACCUAUGGGUGCUGCUCAGCACCUAUGGGAACUGCCCUUCUGCUUCUCCUUAUGCUCUUUUUGCUUGGGAUGUUAUUGCUGUAAACCUGUGCUUAGUUUCUCUAAAUGUGUGUUUUCCAUUCUGACAGUGUGGGUGAGAAAUUGGGUCAUUUUGUGCUUUAGCCUCUCUGUGAAUACAUGUACUGGUGUUCUGUUUUUAUGUUCAACCUAGAAGAUUUAACAAAACUUGGAUCAGGGAAGUUGCUUUGCUCUCCCAUGUGUU